AUGAAUAUUUGGAUCGCAGCUAGUAACGGGGAGACCGAACUAGUGGAAAAAUUUAUUAAACAAGGCCAAACCGCAAACGACAAGGAUGAAAACGGAUACACCCCAAUCCACGCGGCUGCAGCAUAUGGUCAUAUCGACCUGCUAAAGAAGCUUGUACAAGAGCAUAAUGGUGAUGUAAAUAUCAAGGACUCUGACAAUGACACACCACUUCACCAUUGUGAAGAUGCGACUACAGCCAGGUCUCUAAUAGAACAAUUAGGAGCUGAUCGUGAGCUUUUGAAUAACGAGGGAAAGACAUGCUUCCAGGUGUGGCAAGAAACAUGCGACGACAACUUGGACCUUUUGAGAUAUGCGGAAGAAGUCCUCGGAGAAACCAUAUUCAAUACUUCUCUUGGUAUUGAUAAAGAACAGUUAAAUCAAUUUAAAGACAACAUACGUUACACGUUAGAGAACGAUCCAGUAGACGAGACAGAUCCCGAAUCUUUGGAACGUAGAAAGAAACUAGAGAGCAUAAUUCAGGGUGAAAACGCAGAAGAAGAGCUUGAAAAGUACAUUAGAGAUUUGAUUCAUAAUCAAUUCUUUUCGAAUAACAAUGACAGUUCGGAAAACAAUAAACGAGUCAAAUAA